AUGGUCCAAACAUCACACUGGACAUCACCAUGCUUUUGCCAGGGUCUUUUUGCCCUUCGUCGUUCCUUCGUCCGGCGUCCGUCCGCCCCGAACCCUCCUGACCCCGAGCGCAGGGAUCCCGCGCCGCGCUCCUGGGUUCAGGGGCGUGCGGGGCACGCCGAGGACACCUUGUGUCGCAUGGCCUCACGCAUUCGCCUGGAGGACGCCGACUGGCGGGCCUUUCGGCGGGACAUCCUGGACCUGACCUCGCCCGAGCUCUCGGUGGCGGAGAAGCUGCAUGUGAUCGCCACGAUGAGACAUACCUACCACGUCUUCGACUUGCGGCUCUGA